AAAUGCAAGUUGGAUAAGGAACGACCUCUCGCCAAAGGGCCCCAAUGAGUGGCACACAGUCUACUAUCACGGACAGGUUUCCUCUCAAAAAACCUAUAAGGCAUGGAAGUAUUUUGACCCGAGAGUCACCAACAGACAAGAAGCAGAAAGUUGAGCGCAGUGCAUCCCACGACUUUGAUCCCACAGACAGUUCCUCCAAGAAGACAAAGUCUAGUUCAGAGGAGAGUAGAUCGGAGACGUAUGGUCUCGUUCAGCGGUGUGUAAUUAUCCAGAAGGAUGACAAUGGAUUUGGACUGACCGUCAGUGGAGACAACCCAGUCUUCGUACAGUCUGUCAAAGAAGAUGGAGCAGCCAUCCGGGCUGGAGUACAGACGGGUGAUCGGAUCAUCAAGGUGAAUGGAACUCUUGUGACGCACUCAAACCAUUUGGAGGUGGUGAAACUUAUCAAGUCGGGUUCCUAUGUAGCUCUCACUGUUCAGGGUCGUCCCCCUGGGUCGCCCCAGAUUCCAUUAGCCGACUCGGAAGUGGAUCCGGCGGGCUUCGGACAUAUGUCUCCCAUCCUGACAUUCCCCCACUCACCCGGACCGUCCGGAAAUAUGGAGAGAAUCACAAGCCCGGUGCUGAUGGGGGAGGAGAACAAUGUUGUUCACAACCAGAAAGUGGAGAUUCUGAGAAAGAUGUUACAGAAAGAACAGGAGCGGUUACAGUCGUUACAGGAAGAUUACAGCCGAGCACCCUCUCAACAGACCCUCAAGGAGAUCCAGGAGGCCAAGAAGCACAUCCCUCAGCUGCAGGAGCAGCUGUCCAAAGCCACAGGCUCUUCUCAGGAUGGAGCCACAGUUGUUUUCUCUAAGCCCUUGGGCGAUUCCUUGCUGGUCGGCGAGGUAGAAACAGACGGCGGGGAUGCGAUGGGUAGAAUUGAUUAUACCAGUGGAGAGGGUUCUCGACCCAGCAGUGACAUUGCUGAUAGUCCUCGGAGUGGCCUUAGAGAAAGGAUGUCCCUAGAAGAAAGCCCAGAGAAAAUGGAGAUGCAAGAUAAUGACUCACACUCCAACAUCGGGAGUCCCCCCAACCGUAUAGCGUCUCAGAUCAUCGGAGCCGAAGAUGAUGAUUUUGGCACGGAACACGAACAGAUUAACGGGCAGUGCAGCUGCUUCCAAAGCAUCGAACUGCUGAAAUCGCGCCCUGCCCACCUGGCUGUGUUCCUGCACCAUGUGGUGUCACAGUUUGAUCCUGCAACAUUGCUCUGUUAUCUUUACGCAGAAUUGUAUAAACAGACCAACUCCAAAGAGACUCGCCGAAUCUUCCUUGAGUUUCAUCAGUUCUUCUUGGACCGGGCAGCGCACCUGAAGGUUUCGGUUCCCGAAGAAAUGUCUUCUGACCUGGAGAAGAGAAGACCAGAGCUCAUUCCUGAGGAACUGCAUCGUCAUUAUGUUCACACUAUGCAAGAAAAAGUCUACCCGGAGGUUCAGAAGCACCUGGAAGACUUUAGGCAGAAGCGUAGCAUGGGCCUGACUCUGGCCGAGAGCGAGCUGACCAAGCUGGACGCAGAGCGGGAUCGAGACCGACUCACCCUGGACAGAGAGCGGGCCUGUGCGGAGCAGAUCAUUGCCAAAAUCGAAGAUGUGUUGAUGGCCGCUCAAGCUGUGGAAGAGGACAAAAGUUCCACCAUGCAGUAUGUCAUUUUCACAUACAUGAAGCACUUGGGGGUAAAGGUGAAAGAGCCGCGGAACCUGGAACACAAGCGAGGUCGCAUUGGAUUCCUGCCAAAGAUCAAGCAAAGUAUGAAGAAAGACAGAGAAGGGGAGGAAAAGGUGAAGAGAAGAGGCUUCCCCAACAUCUUGGGCCCCCCAAGAAGACCAAGCCGUCACGACAGCAGUGCAAUCGGCAGAGCCAUGGAACUGCAGAAGCAGCGCCACCCAAAGCACUUACCCUCGCCCUCCUCCGUGAGCCCCGAGCCCUCGGACUCCGCCAAGCUGCGCCAGAGCGGGAUCUUAAACGAUGGUGGAGACGUCGGGUAUCUGCCUGCUAACCCCACGUCCUCUCUGACUUCAGGAAUCAGUUCCACCCAGGAGGGAGGGAAGGAGAAUGAGACAGGGCCAAAGCAGAUAGGAGAAGCCCAAGCCUCUGGAGACUGCACAGAUGCCACCCCCCGGACUCCCAACACCAUCUUUGAUUUCCCUCCCCCACCGCUUGACCAUUUACAAGAGGAGGAAGGCGAAGUGGAAAGGUUAGCGGAACAUGGAACUCCGAAACCUUUCCGGAAGUUCGACAGCGUAGCCUUUGGCGAUAUUCAGAGCGAAGAUGAACAAUCUGAGAAUGACUUGGAGACAGACCCUCCCAACUGGCAACAGCUCGUGAGCCCAGACAUACUCUCCAGGCAGACACCGUAUGAGAUCAAGCGCCAGGAAGUGAUUAAUGAACUUUUCUACACCGAACGAGCCCACGUCCGCACCCUGAAGGUUCUCGAUCAGGUGUUCUACCAGCGGGUGUCCCGAGAAGGGAUACUGCCCCCGUCAGAACUGCGGAAAAUCUUUUCGAACCUGGAGGACAUUCUUCAGUUACACAUUGGGUUGAACGAGCAGAUGAAGGCUAUUCGGAAAAGGGAGGAGACCUCGGUUAUCGGUCAGAUCGGGGAGGACUUGCUGACUUGGUUCAGCGGAGCAGGGGAGGAGAAGUUGAAACAAGCAGCUGCCACUUUUUGCAGCAACCAGCCUUUCGCCCUGGAAAUGAUCAAAUCUCGUCAGAAGAAGGACUCACGCUUCCAGACCUUCGUGCAGGAUGCCGAGAGUAAUCCACUGUGUCGUCGGCUGCAGCUAAAGGAUAUCAUUCCCACUCAGAUGCAGAGGCUUACUAAGUACCCCCUUCUGCUGGAUAAUAUUGCUAAGUACACAGAAUGUCCAGAGGAAAAGGAAAAGGUGAAAAGGGCAGCAGAUCACUGUCGCCAGAUCCUUAACUACGUGAACCAGGCAGUCAAGGAGUCCGAGAAUAAGCAGCGCCUGGAAGAUUAUCAGCGCCGCCUCGAUACGUCCAACCUGAAGCUGACGGAAUACCCGAAUGUCGAAGAGCUGAGGAAUCUGGAUUUAACCAAGAGAAAGAUGAUUCACGAAGGACCGCUGGUGUGGAAGGUGAAUCGGGAUAAGACUAUCGAUCUGUAUACACUGCUGCUGGAGGACAUUCUAGUGCUGUUACAAAAACAAGAUGACCGGCUCGUGCUGAGGUGUCACAGUAAAAUUCUGGCAUCUUCAGCAGACAGCAAGCACAUAUUCAGCCCCGUCAUCAAAUUGAAUACGGUAUUGGUUCGGCAAGUGGCAACCGAUAACAAAGCUUUAUUUGUCAUCUCCAUGUCAGAAAAUCGCGCCCAGAUUUAUGAGCUGGUGGCACAGACAGUUUCUGAAAAGACAGUUUGGCAGGACCUGAUUGCUCGGAUGGCUGUUGCAGUGAAGGAACAGUCUACAGUUCCGCUACCCCAGUCUCCACCUUGCGAAGGGGAGCGGGAUGAAGAGGAACCCUCCAAAUUGAAGGAGGGGCCUCAGGGUAUCACGGCGAGCAAUCUGCAAAGUCCAGAGAAAGACUUGGGUUUAGAGUCAACGUUAAUGUCAAAGGCUCGGUCCCACUCACCUGUGUCAGCCGGGAAGCCUGAGGUCGAUGUUCUUCUUGGGACCAAGAGAGAGUUUGAGAAGGAGGAACAUGCAGAAGAAGCCCUCAAGGAAACUGGGAUGGACUAUCAAAGCCCAGUCCUGGAUCCACAUUUUCCUGUUUCAGAAGAACAGUGGGCAUUGGAUGCCCUGAGGAACUUGGAUCUGCUAAAGCAGUUAUUGGUGCGGCAGCUGGGUGUGACCGAGAAAGGGACUUGGGAAGACUGGCAACAUGUUCCCAGGAGUAGGACAGCCUCUCAAGGGACCCGGGCAGGCAGCGGGAUCCACAGCGGACCAGGCCCCUCUGCCAACCACCAGGCUGCCCAGCCCGGAGAAGCCCGGCUGCCCCGCAGAACUGAGACUGGCCGAGCUACGGCUUCUUAUGGCCCAAGGACUUCCGUCGUAUCCCCGGCUCCCCGGGACCCUCUGGAGCUGGCGUCCCAGGAGAGCGGGGCAAGGAACAGUUUGGCAAUGGACCACGUGAUCCCGACCCCCGAGGCGCCCCCCCCAGAUCUGGAAGCGGGCCCUGAUGACAGUGGAGAGCACUUUUUCGAUGCCCGCGAGGCCCACAGUGAUGAUAAUCCAUCAGAAGGGGAUGGAAGCGAAAGGAAAGAAGAGGAGGUGGUGCAGUUACGGAUCUCAGGAAACUUUUUGAUCCUUGAUGGAUACGAGACGGUGCAGGAGAGCUCCACGGAUGAGGAGAUAUCAUCCUCCUUGGGCCCCUCGUGCACUGCAGGCCCCAACUCUCUGGACUGUGCUGACGAGCAGGAGCGUUUCUGCCAGGACGCUCAGCCCGAUGGAGGCAGCUCUCCCUUCACCCCGGAAUGGCUACAUCCGCGCUUGGGAGUCCCGGGAGAGCCGGGCUUCGGGGCCCAGAGCCGCCCUCCCUCUGGAGAUUCCCGCAGCCAGAUCUUGCAGUACAUUCAGAAGAUAGAGGCCGACCUGGAACACUUAAAGGAGGUGGAGGAAAGUUACACCACUCUUUGCCAAAGGCUGGCUGGAUCAGCCCCCACAGAAGAGCACUCAGAUAGAAGCUAAAGUCGCAUCUCCCGGAGGGGCCUGAAGGAAGAGCGUCGUCGGCCUCGCGUCACCACAGCCCGGCUCUCGGGUGGAUUUGGGAAGGGCGAGUGACGGGAGCAUCUGCCGGGGGUCCGACCGAGGAACAGAGGUCUCGAGCGUGCUCGGCGGGGAGAUAGCUGGUCCCUGGAGGGGCAGCACUGCCCCGUCCAGGCGGCGGGAGCCAGUAGCUUCUACUCUUACAACCUCCUCCUCCCCUCUUGGAAAUUCAUUUGAACACAAAAAAAAGCAACCAAAUGUACAGAGCUUUGGGGGUAGGCCAUAAAAAUAUAUUUAGACUUUUAAAAAAAAAGAAAAAAAAAGAAAA